AUGAUAAGAUUUCUAAAUGCUCAAACCGAACGUCGACUAGACUCCAAUGGUGCUGGAGAGGCAUAUGGAAAUAGAGCCAAUAAUGAUUUAUAUCAAGUAUGGGAAAUAAUAAAUACUGUUGACAAUAGUAUCAAUUUAAAAAAUUUUGCAACUGGUUUAUACUUAGACAGUGAUGGUAAAGGUGAAGUUUGUGCAUUACCUGGAAAUGGAAGUGCACAUCAAAGAUGGAGAUUUGAUAGUCUUCGUAUUAUAAAUGUUGCAACUGGUGGCGCAUUAGAUUCAAAUAAUGCUGGAGAUAUUUACUUGUUAGAGCCAAAUGGAGAAAAUUGUCAGAAUUGGAUUCGUGAAUACAUUUAUGAAUAG